AUGGGGGAAAUAUGCAGCCGAGAUCAGAGAUUUGUCAUGAUCCAUGAGGCUGAAAUGGAGAAGGAAUUGGGGAACCAGGAGGCGAAAACACAACAAAUGUCUUUUACUGAGCAACCACCGGAUAUUCCUGCUGAUCCAGCAGAGUCUUCUGAAGCUGAAAAGGCUGGGACUGAAUCAGGACAUUCUUCUCCUACAGAAAGGCAACCAUUACCUAUAGUUCAGCUUAAAGAACCUAGGGUUGAUGAAGCUCUUAUUAAGGUAGCAGGCCCAAAAGCUUAUUUCAUGCAUUGUUUGCCUGUUGAACGAGGAGUAGAACUGACUGACAGUGUUAUUGAGGCUCCAAACUCCAUCGUCUUCCCACAGGCAGAAAAUCGCAUGCAUGCACAAAAUGCUAUAAUGCUUCAUGUUCUUGGAUUAUAA